AUGUUACAAUCGAGUCGCUUUCGCCAGAAACUGGCGCGGUUUACUCUGAAGGCAACCCUUUAUUUAUCCUGGAUACUCGGACUGUUUCCAUACACCUUCGAUCCGAGGAAAAACCAGUUGCAACGUUCCAAAUGGCUUCUCGCUUAUGGACUGUGUUUGAACAUAAUUCUGCUGGUGUUUUCGGUGCUGCCGGAAACCGAUGACCACAAUUCGAUCAAGAUGGAGGUCUUUGAGCGAAAUCCGUUGGUCAAGCAGGUUGAAUUUCUUGUGGAGAUCAUUGGCUUAAUAACCACUGUGCUAACCCAUCUAAGCAUUUUCUAUAGAAGCCAGGAACUAGCAGAGAUCCUCAAUGAACUUUUGCUGCUGGAAAAGAGUCAUUUCAGGGAACUAAAUCUUCGAGAUUGCCACAAGUUUGACGAAUAUGUGAUACACAAAGGACUGCUGAUUAUCCUGGAGAUCGGUUCCUCCCUAUUGAUCUACUUCGGGAUACCGGAAAGCAGAUUGAUUGUGCACGAGGCUUUGUGCAUCUAUUUAGUCCAGCUGGAAGUACUCCUUGUGGUGAUGCACUCCCACCUGGGAGUGAUCUAUAUAUAUCGCUUUGUAUGGAUUAUCAACGGACAGCUCUUACACCUGGCCAAUCAGCUGAGAAGGGGUCAGAGGGCAGACCCGGAAAGGGUCCAGCGGCUCCGCUGGCUCUACGGCCGCCUUUUGGAACUGAACAGUCGCCUAGCCUUCAUUUACGACAUCCAGGUCACUUUUUUCAUGGGCACUCUGAUGUCAGCUAAUAUCAUUAUAGGCCAUGUUCUGGUCAUCUUUUGGAUCAACAUAAAGAGAUUCGACUUUUGGAUUAUGGUUCUGAUCUUUCCACAAGCCUUAGUCAUUAAUUUUUGGGAUCUUUGGCUUUGUAUUGCCUUUUGCAAUUUGGCUGAGAAUGCGGGCAAAAAUACAUCGACAAUCUUGAAGCUAUUCAAUGAUAUUGAAAAUAUGGAAGGAGAACUGAAGCAAACGAUCGAAGAGUUUAACUUAUUUUGCAGUCAUCGCAGACUAAGGUUACGCCAUUGCGGAUUGUUUUACGUAAACUAUGAGAUGGGUUUCCACAUGAUCAUCACGAAUAUUCUAUAUGUGGUCUUGGUGCAAUUUGAUUAUAUGAAUUUAAAAUUCAAGUAA